AUGAAUAUGUUGGAUGAUGAAUAUGACCAAAGCUUUCACGCUACGCGUGACGGCUACUCCCAUUUGAGCGAUGUCGAAUGGGAUGCAGUUGAACGAAUGGGUUCGACCAUGGGCAUCCAUGCUGUUAGCGUCAUGCUAGAGGCUCUCAAUAGAGAUGCCCAACAUGCUACUAUCGCCAAGUUCAUUCAAAAUGAACUUGACGCAGAACGCGAGAAAGUAGCCUUGCUUCACCAACAAGGUUCUCAACAAGCAGAGUUGUUGAGAGAACAAGGUGCUCAACAGUUUGAACUGUUGAGACAGCAGCAGGCUGCUGCUGGCGGGUCGAUGCACUCGCGUCGACCCGAGACUUUGAAGAUUGACAUCUCAAAGUAUAGAGGGGUCGAAGAAGACUCCCUCUUGAGAUGGUUCGUCGAAUUGGAUGACGCCAUAAGGGCGCGUCGCAUCGACGACGGGGAUAUGCAAGUUGCAUUUGCCCAGUCAAAUCUGGCAGGACGUGCCAAGACUUGGGCACUGGGGCUCAAGCUGCACGACCCAUAUGCGUUUGGGUCGUUGGAAGUCUUCAAGUCGCGGCUCAGACAAACGUUUGAACCGCCUAGAGCUGAGUUCAGAGCUCGAACCGAACUCUUGAAGCUCAAGCAGGGUAAGCGUGAUGUGCACGCUUACGCUCAACAUAUACGACAUCUCACGAGUUGUAUAAGUUCCAAUCCGGUGGAUGAACACACGUUGGUUUCGGUGUUCAUGCAGGGGUCUUGCGGAUGGUCCCGUCAAGACUCACCUGUUCCGGCUUGA